CUACGCAUCAGUACAUUAGGUUCAUUUUAUUCGACGCCAUUUUCUAGAUGUUCGGUAAUUGCCCGGCGUGCUUUCUCGUAUGCUUCCCAUCGCGCCUUGAAUCGUAGGUGUAGCGCUCUUCAAGAGGCAUCGAAGGGAUGGUCAUGACAUGAGUAUGCAGUCGAAAAACCCUUCUCUAGCUUUUGGGAAUGCGAAGGUUAGGGUGCGUAAGGUCAACAGUACUAACCAGACGCCAUCAUAGUACUGCCGAAUAUUGGCGUAGCAUGAUGCUCGUGUUGUUGGCAUUAGAGAGGACGCUUGGUAUUUCUGACUGCCUUGCUUCCUACAGUCCCCUCAUCUUCGCACUCGCAAUGCAGCACGAUCGGCAAUCAUCGCACGCGCCCAUAAUCCCUUGUCGAUUGCACAUAGCCGGGAAGCGUGCAACAGAGAACUGUCGCUUCUGUGGAUAGUAUCUUUGUCUGCGAAUAUAUGUAGUGUUUACGAUUCC